AUGAAGCUCCUCUCAGCUGGCGCGCUGGCUCUUGGCCUCGCUAACCUGCCUAGCACUUUUGCUUGGGGCAGUCUCGGCCAUAUCACCACCGCUUAUCUCGCCAGCCACUUUGUCGCAAACACCACCGAGGCUCACCUCAAGUAUAUUCUCUAUAAUGACGAGGAAGAUUACCUCGCGAAAAUAGCAUCAUGGGCCGACUCGAUUCGCUACACAGACUGGGGCCGAUACACCAAGACCUUUCACUUUAUCGACGCUCAUGACAGCCCACCCAAUAAGUGUGAUGUCGACUUUGAGCGUGAUUGCAAGGACGAUGGUUGUGUCCUCACCGCCCUCAAGAACUACACCCAACAAUCAGUUGAGCCUCAGUUGCCCUUCUGGCAGCGCAACCAAGCCGCCAAGUUCGUCGUUCACUUUAUCGGAGAUCUUCACCAGCCUCUACAUAACGAAGAUGUCGAAAAGGGAGGCAACGGUCUUACAGUAACGUUUGACGGCCGCACUUUCAACCUCCACCACGUCUGGGACAGUUCUAUUGCCGAGAAGUUGUUGGGUGGUCUGCACGGCAGCCCAUUCAAGCUCGCCAACAACUGGGCCAACCAGCUUGCAGUCGAGAUCACAGACGGCAAGUUCGCAGAGGCGAAAGACGCGUGGUUGAAGGAUCUAGACUUCAGUGACCCCAUCAGCACGGCACUUGCUUGGUCCCGAGAGGCCAAUGCGCUCGUCUGCACACAUGUUCUGCCCGAGGGUGCCGAUGCCAUUGUCGGUCAGGAACUCGGAGGCGAGUACUUUGAAAAGGCUGCCCCUGUCAUUGAGGAGCAGGUUGCCAAGGCCGGUUACAGAAUGGCUGCCUGGCUGGACAAGAUCGUGGAGGCUUACAAGGAUGUUGAGCAGAGGCAGAUGUCCGAGGAGCUCUGA